AUGUUGGGGGUGACGCUGGUCUUCGUCCUCCUCGCUGCCGGUGUGUUCCUCUUAGUGAAGUUUGCCAAGGCCGAUGGUACUAUUCCGUGGCACCCUUGCAUUCUCUCCUACUUCCCGAAGAUCGCAAGAUCCUGUCUGUAGCUUGCAAAUCGCUACUGUUUUCCUUCUGUCUUACCCCUGGAUGUGGAUCUUAUGGAAGGGGAUUUCACGUUGCUGUCAAAAGGCCCACCUAAACGCGAAGAGGUUGAAGAUAAGGUAGGAGGAAGCUCUCAGUGCUUCCUACGUUAACUUAUUUAUUGCAUCACUUUUCAUUCAUCAGCUCUUUUUCGUUUUUCUUUUCAUUGCUUCGGUUGGCCCUUUUUCUUUUAGGUUGUGUGGAUCACCGGAGCAAGCCGCGGAAUUGGUAACUAUGCGAUUCCUUCUCAUGUGUUCGUUUUCAUUUAAAUUCUCGUUGAGCUUCUAUUUCUUUCUAUUUGGCGCAUAAAAUUUUCAUUCACGAGAGGAUUCAAAUAAUUGGACGACUAUCAGUCCAACCGUCCCUGAGAUUUGAUGGAGGUAGGAAAGUAACCAUGGUACACGUGAAUCAUGUCAUGAAAAUUCAUCAAAGGAUUUGGUGCGCUACGAAGAAGAUCAUGUUCAUAGAACAACUAUUUUCAUCAUAUACCUUUCUUUCGAGUGGAAUUGAAUGUUUGCACCAUAUUUUCUGGAAUCAAAGAGUGAAACUUGCCUUACUUUGUCUCCAUAUCUUUGCAACUGAAUUCUUUCUUUGACAAAUUUCUAGGAGAGGAUCUCGCGAAACAAUUUGCAAAUCUAGGAGCUAGGUUAAUUCUCUCUGCCCGAAACGUAGCUGAGCUUGAACGUGUCAAAAGAGAGCUGGCCGGUAAAAGUUCUUCAGAUAGAGACAGCGUCAUUCUGGUUUUGAGUUCAAUUUACGUGUAGCCAGAUAUUUGGAACCCUCAUGCUUUAUCAUAUUCAAUUCUAUGAUAUUUUCUUACCUCAGGUAAACAUGCACCAGAUGGAGUAGAAAUCUUGCCUCUAGAUCUAGGGUCUAGCGAAGAUUCCCUUGCAGAAGCUGUGAAGAAAGCAGAGUCAUUUUUUUCUGGAGCAGGUGUUGAUUAUAUGAUCCACAAUGCAGCCUGUGAACGCCCCGUAAUUAUCUACCUUGGUGAAACACUUUAGUUUGGCCCAUAUGUUUCAGACUUUAUUUAGACCAUUUUUCCCGAAUGGCCUUUGUAUGAAAGCUAGGUUUCCACUUAUGUCUGCAGAAAGGCAGAGCUUUGGACGUAACAACAGAAGGCCUUCGGGUAACCAUGUACCCACUUCUUCUACAUUAUCUACGUGAAAGUAUAGAGUUUCCUUUGCUUUACCUGGAAGAUAUUGUUUCAUACACCGUUGUUCAAUUACCAGGCUACUUUCCAAGUUAAUGUCCUGGGAACAAUAACUCUGACUCGGCUUCUUGCUCCUUUCAUGUUGGAAAGAGGAAGGGGUCAUUUUGUUGUGGUAGGUUGAGAUAUGGAAACUGACGCCAGCAUUAUCAAUGUUUUUCUAUCUGACGUGGCCUUCUUACAUGGUGGCCUUUAUUUUCACUUUUUGGAUGCAGAUGAGUAGUGCUGCAGGAAAGACUCCUUCCCCAGGUCAGGCUGUGUACUCUGCUUCUAAGUUUGCUCUUAAUGGCUAUUUUCAUUCUUUACGGUCUGAGGUAUGCUAUCAUUUUUUAUAAUUUUUUAUUUCUGUCAAUGUUUGUUUUUUCUUUCAUUGUGUGCAUAUGUCAAUGGGUUUUCACACUCCAGUUUGAGUGAUAGUCUAUACCUUUUAAUAAAGAGUCUGAGGAGCAUAGGUCUGCAAUCUUUCUAUCACGGGGUACUGCGUACAUAUUUUCAUUUUUCUGCCCUAAUUUUUACAUUUUUCCGACUUAAUCAAUAAUUCCAGUUAACAUUUGGGUUCAAAUAUUUUGUCCAUGGUUAGGUCGUGGUUGAGGUUUUACCUGUGCCUGCUAUCUAACCUUUUUUUUCUCUUCUGUGCAGCUAUGUCAAAAAGGCAUUAAAGUUACAGUUAUUUAUCCCGGCCCAAUAGACACGUCUAAAGUAUCUGGAGCUACAGAACCAGGGCAAAGUGGGUUUCCAGAGGUAUAUCUCUGGCCAAGAAGCCCUGUGCAUUUAACCCCCCUCUUCUUCUGUACAUUCAAAACGUCCUCGGAUAACAGUCUUUCCGACGAUGACAUUAUAAUAAUUCUUCUUUAAAAACUGAUCUCGACUAGGUCCAACAAUUUUUUUGUGUAAUGAGAGUAUUUUGAUGCGAUUUUAUUUUUGAUUUGUUCAUUGAAAAGUGUGUCUAAACGCUCUUUUUCUAUUUUUUUACGGCUUGGAGAUUGGCCUAUCUGAAAUUUUCUGACCAUUGUAUUUCGACCCACAAAAUCCUUAAUUAUAUAGGUGCAGGUUUCGACAUAAUUCUCACAUACCCUCACCAUCCAUUUUCAUCAGAUCAACUUAAACUCGAUUGAACUCGAUAAUUCACCAUAUUUUUCGGUGAAAGAUCAAUGCCUUUUUACCCUAUGAUUUGAGUGUAAGAAAUGCAGAAGGCUUUUAAUAUGAUGGACUCAUGCAAAUUUAUCUAGGUUCACUUAUUGCAGUGGCCUGCAGUUCAAGAUCAAGAGAUAAAUAGCUAGAAGUUAAGAUUUUCAGAUGUAUGCGAUCACCUUUCAUGAGGAGCGAUUUUCUUCUUUAUCCAUUAAUCUGUGGUGGGAAACUGAUGUAUGAUGAGGAUGGCCUGAAUGAGUGGAGUGUUGGGUGAUUGAAAGCCAUGUAUAUCUGGACCCAAUUGAAUUCGUCCUGAUUUACUAUUAUAGUCUGCUAAUACUCUACGCUGAUAUUCCCAUCAGGAUGCUAAUACUGUUCUUGUGCUUUGUUUCUAGUCUUCCGACCGAUUGAGGUAAAUGCAGAUAUUCGAUGAUGAGUUGUCUUCCUUUACUUUCCAGGGGGGUCAGUUGGGGUUUCAUGCGCUUGAUCUUUAGUCCUUUUCACCAUCUCGUUUGUGAGAGACUAGUACUAAUAUUUAAUUUGACAUCACUCCUGAAAAUAGGCUUAGUCAUCAGCACAGUAAAACAUAGAUUAGUCGAUUAUCAGUUCAUCAACCCCACUGCAUCACCCUUAUGCCUUGUUAAAGUGAGUUUUUGGUUGACUCACCCAUAAGGUGUUGACAUAAGGCAUCUGAUCUCCUGGCUGACGGAAAGAUGAGGGAGACACAAGAAUAGGUGGGACAGUCUUUGUCAGAAGCCCCUGGUUGAUUCAACAAAAGCUGAAACCCUCAAAGUAUCUUGCUUUUGGUUGUCUUUUUUUUAUAAUUAUUAUACCACCUCUCCGAUUCAGGUGAAGUAGGCUGAUCACUCAAGAUGUCAUUUAUGAAGCUAAAUGCCUUCAAAUGCUUGUUGGUUUGCAUCAGAUUUGGAAUUGUGUGCCAAUUAUAUACGUCUGUUUCUCUUGAUCUCAAUCUUAAACCAGCUCUAAAUCCCAUGAAUAAUUUAGCAUUAAUAUUUUAAUGAAUAAUUAUUUCCCUGUAUUAAGCUUGUGAUACUUGCUCACAUCUUCUGGUUCCUUUAAAUUGUUUUUCUUCCCUACAGAAGCGAGUAUCAUCAGAAAGAUGUGCGCAGCUAAGUAUCAUUGCUACAACUCAUGGAUUGAAGGAAGCUUGGAUAUCUAAUCAGGUAGCGUUAAUUCUGAGACCACUUAUGUUUUAGCCUAAUCGGACUUUAUCGGAAGGGGAUCGAAUUGGGAACCAUUUUUUCUUUAUGGGUUUUACUGAGAGAAGACAAGAAAAUAUUUUUUUCUUUAAUCACUGUGUUCUUUUUUAAGCCUGCGUAUUAGGGACGCCAACCGGCUGGGUUCAGGCAUCCUAAGGUGUGCUCAAAGCCAUGUCUUUCAUGGGGCCUGGAUAUAGCUUAAGAGUGGGUGACGGGCUAGACCCAAUAAAGCCUUGGCUUACAUAGGUCUUGCCCAGUUCUCACCAGGUAGAGAGAGAGAGGGAGAGAGAGAGAGAGAGAGAGAGAGAACCUGAGUUGGGCUGAGCCCACCUCUAGGCUUACGCGGCUGAGGGUGUCAGAGGGUAGUUGCCUAAGUUUCUCUUUGAUUCGACCCUUCAGCUCUCAUAUUUUAGGCCGUACCAAUUAAAUUCGCUCACUUCUGCUUCAUCUUCUUUGCAGCCGGUGCUGCUUGUGAUGUACUUGGUACAGUAUGCGCCUUCAAUCGGUUUCUGGUUCGUGGACAAGGUAAUCUUCUCUCUUUCCAUCACCGUCAUUAACCAAAUCCCCUGGUAAUUAGGAUCGUGAGAGAGAGAGGGGGAGGGAUGGUCUCAGGCGUGAUGUAUUAUCUCCCGUUGUCUUCUUCUGAUGCAGAUCGGCGCCAGGAGGUUAGAGGCUGCGGCAAACAAGCAGAGCGCAUACAGCUGGAACCUGUUAUUCGGAAAGAGCAAGUCAUCUUGA